AUGGUGUGGGAGGAACCUGAAGAGGGCCAAGUCCAACGUAUCGAGCAAAGAGCAUGCACAGUCCAGGACUUCAUUCCGGUGCUCAAGGAAUUCAAGAAUCUCAAGCAGCUGGUAAUCACCGACGAGCAGAUGGCAAGAUCCGAAGUGAUGGACCUGCCUGAUGUUGAGAAAAGAGCGGCUAAUGCUCAUGAGGAAGUGACCCGGCUCUCCAAACUGGUGUUGAAUAUGCCAGAGGUGACGAUCCGGGAGGCCAACAACCAAAGCUGGUGCGGAGCUUCCAUAACAAGUGGUUUGACACAUUGACUCUGGCGAGGGCGUGGCUGCAGGGCAUGGAACUAGGGCCAAAAUGGUGGUGGGCAUAAAGGAAUGGUCUUUGGCGGUUGUUGGGGGUGCCUUCGUAGAGACUUCGCAACGCAAUGCAAAAUGAAUCCGAGGUUGCCACUCGGGAUGGGACUCUUCGAAGGAUUAAUGAUGGGUCUUGAUACAUAGUUGACAGGCAUUUAGAGUAACUAGUAACUAUGCCUUGAGUAGUAGAACAAGAUAGCGAUAAUUUAAUCCUAGUGUUUCAGCACAAG